AUGGCGGCCGUGUCGCUCCCGGUUCGCCUGUGCUCCGUGCCGUCCAGCCCUUCGUUCUCGCCCGGCGUCAGGCGGCAAGGGAGCCUUUCGCGACAGCAUUCGCGACACUUUAAGGAUAACUCGUGUCAGCCCUGCGAGAAGCUGCUUCAGGAGCAGCGACGUCAGCAAGAGCUUCAUGCGAAACCAAAAAACCGCGGUCUUGCCGCCGACAAACGCGCCGCCUCUCGCGGCUCCUCCGUCAGCAUGGCCGCCGCUGGCGGCAGCAGCAGCAGCAGCGGCAGCGGCGCGAGCAGCAGCAAACCCGCGCCAAACGCGUCGGCUAACUCGGCUGCCAACACGGCGGCAAAUGCGGCCGCCAUGGCUCAGAAGUUCGUCAAGUCGGUGGAAUCGGCGCCAGUCGUGCGGAGAGUCGACGCGUGGGCAGUUAAGAAUAAGAUCCCCAAAGAGCUCUCUCUAGCCUUGCUCUGGUCUGCGGCCGUGCUCUCUCUCGCUGCUGUCACACUCGUUUUAAGGGUGGAGGAGGAGGAGGCAGUCCGACAGCGAUUGGUUGAGAUGGAGAUUAGGGAGAGGGAGGAGGCGAGGAAGAGAGAGGAGGAGAGGAGGAGGCAGGAAGCGGAGGAGGAGGAGAGGGAGAGAGUUGCGGCUGAGGUGAAAAGGAAGGAGGAGGAAGUGAGAAAGAGGGAGGAGGAGGAGAGGAGGGUGGAGGAGGAAGAGAGGAAGAAGGAGGAGGAAGCAGCUAGGGCGCGUGCGGAGGUAGAGGAGAGGGAGAAGAGAGAGGAGGAGGAAAAGAGGAAGAGGGAGGAGGAGGAGGAGGAAGACGCAAGACGGAAGGCAGAAGUUGCUGCAGCUGGGGCAGCAAAGGCGGAGAGGGAGGAGAGGGAGAAAAAGGAUCAGGAGAAGAAAGAUCAGGAGAAGGAGGAAAGGGAGAGGGAGGAGAGGGAGGAGAUAGAGGAGAAGGCGAGGCAGUUGGAGGAGGCGUGGCAGGAGGAGAAGCGGCAGCGCGCCGAGCUGGUGGAGCAAGCCGUUGCUGACGUGGCACGCGCGUACGAGCGCAAGCUUGCUGAGCUGGAGGCGGCACAUGAGGCUGAGGUGGCGGCGGUGCGGCAGGCCACGGAGGCGGGCGGGGUGAUGGGUGACGGACAGGUGGAGGAGAUGGCUCGACUCAGGGAGGAAGCGGCGGAGUUACGCCGAGGCAUGGCACUGGCUAAGGAGGUUGCGGAACAAGUUAUGGACGAGGAGCAGAAGAAGACACGGGAGAUUCGGCAGCUGAAGGCAUCUCUCAAGGAGGAGAAAGCGAGGAUGGAGAGAGAGAGGGGGAAGCUGCAGGCGGAGAGGGAGGAGAUGGAGAGAGAAGCAAAGGAGAUAGAGGAGGAGAGGAGGAGGGUUGCGGAUGAGUUGGCACGAGUGGAAGGGGAGAAGGCUGGGGUUGAGGCGGCGAGGAGUCAGGUGGAGGAGAGGAGGAGGCGGAGUGAGGCGGAGAAGGAGAGAGUGAAGGAGGCGAAGGUGAGGAUGGGGGGGAGUAGGUCAGAGGAGCAACAACACGAGGUAGAGAAGCAGUCAACAGCAGCAGAGGAGGGCCUUGCAACUGCGAUCCUAGAGUACCAGCAGGAGCGCCAGCAGUACCAGCAGCAGAUGGCAUCCUCUGCAGAAGAUUCCCAGAAGCUCACCUCCCGCGUGGCGCAGCUAGAAUCCUACCUGGCGGAGCUCCGUGCCAGCCUGGAAUCGUCCCAAGCUGAGCUGGACCGGACCAAUCGGGAAGCAGAGGAGAACGAUGCCCUGGCUGCUGAGCUGGAGGAGCUUCUUGAGGCUGCCCGGAAGGAACGGGAUUCGGUCAACGUGGAAAGUUUUCAGCAGCUGACCGAGGAGCUGGCAGACGCUCAGGAGAGAAUGGUAGAGGAGGGCCGGCAGCAGCAGGAGCGGGCGGCACAGCUGGCGGAAAUGAUGCAGAAGAUGCCGAAAAUCAAGGCUGAGCUGGCAACCACGCGGAUGGAGCUGCGCCGGGAGCAAAACACGCGGGCAGCUGAGGUGGCAUCCCUCUCAGCAGCACUAAUCUCCGCAAAAGAGGAAGCCAAGGCUUUAAGAGAAGCAGCAGUGGGGGCAGAGGCGAGGGUGAGGGAGGAGCUGAAGCAAGCUGAAGAUGCGUACAGGGCUGGGGUGGCGGCGACUAGAGAGCGCAUGAGAACCAAGAACAUUGUUCAAAUGGGAAAGGCCCGACUAACAGCUCUGCAGCAACAGGUGGGCUGCCAGAGAAAGUCAGUGCUUCCACUUUGGCUUAAGAGAAUUUUUAUGGAAGGGUUUAUCCAAGGGCUUUGCUUUCUGCCAUUCUGA